UUUUUCUUUAUCCAUCCAUCCCUUGGUUUUACAUAAUCCCCACCCGCCACGCCUUACCGCGCGCUCGUCCCGCGCCACCCGUUAGGAGACGAUGGGUAUUUUUAACCAAAAGUCCAAACUCAAACCGGCGCCGCAGGACAUCCGCAUAGAAAAAGUCGUCGUCCAGAGUAAACCUCGACCGAGUCUAACCCCGAACGGUCCGCGCGCUUCGUCUUCAAGCAAGUAUUCCGCGUCACCCCGCCUCUCGCCGAAUCCACGAUUAUCGCGGCCUAAGAGCGCGUCGCCGUACCCAUCCUCUUCCGAUGAGAAGCGGGGAGCCCUCGCACGGAAGCGCAAAGCCGUGACGAGUACCCCGCGAGACUCGCCCGCCUUUGGGAAUGACUCGGAUUCCUCGGACGAAGAUAGCGACCCGUUCCGCAAACGAUUACGACGUAGUGAAGAGAGAUCUGCCGAUCUAAAUCGUAAGCUGCGCCAUAAGAAGGCAUUUGGCAGCGAGAUAAGAGAUUCGCGCAUUAUCCACGCGGCGGAUGUUGCCUCAGUCGCCACGGGGUGCCCAAUAAUCCAGGGCACCAAACCGGAAGAGGUCGCGAUUGAGCUGCAAUAUCCGUCGCGGUGCAAACGUGAGAAGUAUGAGUUGGUAUGGCAAAAAGACAAGAUCGACGCCGUCAAAGACAUUUUGUCAGUUGUCGAACAUGUAGCCGAGACAUAUCUCACCGAUGACGAAGCAAAACCUUUCAUCGAUCACAACGGUAGCUUCAAAAGACAGAUGGAACGUGCAAUAAGCGAGAAAUAUAGAGAUGUUCCUGUAUUCAGAACAGCACUUCAGAGCUACAACGACAAGCUAUUAGAAUUGGUCGAGAAUGGCACAGUAGAAAAGAAUAUACAAAAACUGCACCAUCUCCCGCCCAGUCUAGUGUCAUUCAUCCUUACCCAGGUGUACGACCGCACUGUCGCGCCCAAGGUAGAGAUGCUCACCAAGUACGAGGCGGGAAGCGAUAACGUCUACGGAGAGCUGCUGCACCCAUUCAUAACCAAGAUGCUCGUCGAGCAGACGAAAAUGACUUCCGAUCAAGUUUUCAUAGAUCUUGGGUCCGGGGUAGGCAACGUCGUACUGCAGGCCGCACUCGAGAUUGGUUGUAGAAGUUACGGUUGUGAGAUAAUGGAGAACGCCUGCAACCUUGCCGAAGCACAAGAGAAGGAAUUCAGAGCCCGAUGUCUUCUCUGGGGCGUAGCACAUGGGAGGGUUCAUCUGGAGAGAGGCGACUUCCGGGCCAGCGCCAAGAUAAUGGAAAAGAUAAAGGAGGCGGACGUAAUACUCGUCAACAACAAGGCCUUUACUUCUACUCUCAACGACGCCCUUAUCAACAUGUUCUUAGAUCUGAAGAAAGGUUGCAAGAUCAUAUCGUUGAAGUCAUUCGUUCACGAAAAUAAAACCGCCGUCAACGAUGUCGCCAAUAGUAUCCUCGACGUCGAGCACUACCGAUAUCACGAAAAUUGGGUCAGUUGGGCAGCCGCAGAAGGCGACUACUACAUCUCAACCAAGAAAUGAGGCCGGGGGGUACUGGGCAAUCUGGGUGGGAGAAGGAGUCAGCACAGUUUCUGUAUAGGUAGACUUUGGGCGGCGGGUAGACAAGAGCAAGUUAGGAUACCACUUUGUUUGCAUAGAUGA